AGGGAAUCCAGGGGAAAGAAAUGCAUAGAACACUCUGGAAGGAGCCAGGACUUGUCUUCUAGGCUCUCUUACAGUCUGGUCAUUGAAGUGAUGUUGCAUCCACCGGAUCAUAUGCCAGAGGAUCUGCCAGUUAGAGACACAGAUUCAAUUUCUCUGUUGCAAGGGGCUUCAGGUAAGAGUGUAAAGGUCCAGUCACACUUGGGCAGGACGAACCAAAAGGAACUGAGCUACAGACGCUUUCACCUACGUGAAGAGCCCAUGCUGGUGAAGGAACCAUCUCCAAAGCAACGAGAUAAAAGCAAAAGACGAGGGACAAACGUGCAGCGAUCCAUCACUACCCAACCGGACCUUCGGACACUUGCUGUGCUCCAGGAGCCUGCGAGGCGGAGGCGCCCGUGGGUCUCAGCGUCCCCGCGUCCCUCGGCGCCCCCGCGUGCCCCGGUUCCCGGGAGGAAAGUGCAUACGCAGCGCCCGUGUCCCUCGACCGCGGCAGGCAGUGCACAGCCUCGAGUCCACGCGGAACGCAGACUGCCCCACGCAACUGGGCCAAAUGACAGACGGAGCCAUACAGCCCCUCCGACAUUUAAAGAAUAUGUGAUGGAUGAAAACACCAGAAUCAAAAUAACCAGUGAGCCCAGCCAACUUACUCGCAUUAUGACUACUGAGUCUACACAUGUGGAAGAGACCCCCAGGUUGUCUGAGAAAACAUCCAAAGUUGAAAAGCUUGAAGAGAGAAGCUUACAGGCCUGUGCUCAGAAGGCUGCAGAGCUUCGAGCUUCCAUUAAGGAGAACGUGGAGCUGAUUCGACUUCAGAAGCUCUUAUAUGAGAGUAAUAGCAUGCUGGCAGCCACAGAAGCCCAACUGACACGAGUUCAAGAGGCAUAUGAAGACUUGCUCCAGAAGAAUCAGGGAAUAUUGGAUGCAACCCAUGAUGCCUUCCUCAGCCAAGUGAAUGAGCUCAAGGCAGAGCUGAGUGAAGAGAGCAAGAAGGCUGUGAGCUUGAAGACCCAGCUGGGAGAUGUGUCUGUCUUGCAGAUAACUCUGAAGGAGUUUCAGGUCAGAGUUGAAGAUUUGGAAAAUGAACGAAAAUUGCUGAGUGACAGUUAUGACAGACUCUUAGAAAACAUGCUGGAUAGCAGUCAUAAGCCUCUGGAUAGCAGUCAUCAGCCUCACUGGAGCAGAGAGAUCAUGGGGGAGCAGCUCCCGCAGCAAGUCUGUCCACUGCUGGACCAAAUGGGUGCUGGGCUGGAGGAGACCAAAGUCUUGCUUCAAGCAACCAACAAAGCAGCUCAAGAUGACAAGCUGAAGUUUCAAGACACCAACAUCCUUUGCCAGCAUAAACAGGAAGAAGAGAGCUUUCAGUUAACAGCUACUGUGUCCCCGUCUCCAGAAGAGCUGUCUGAACUGGCUGCUCAGCCCACUCUACUCCCACAGACAGAUCAAAGAGAGUCCAGUGAACCAAAAGCUCAAGACAAGAAUAACCUGUCCCAGGUGCUAAGUGAGCUGCAAGUGUCCCAUGCAGAGACCGCACUGGAACUAGAAAAAACCAGAGACAUGCUUCUUCUGCAGCGCAAAAUCAACAUGUGUUAUCAGGAGGAGCUGGAGGCAACGCUGACAAAAGCUGACAAAGAAAAUAGGGACCAUGAGGAGAAACUGGAGAGGCUGAAUCACCUCCUAGACUUCAAGAACAGCCGCAUAAAGCAGCUGGAAGAGCAGCUCAAAGACAUUGCUUAUGGCACUCGGCAACCAUCACUGUGUCUGGAGUUCCUGGAUGCCCACAGAGGUGAGGAAGAAGUGGACAUGUCUCUGCUGCAUCCAAGCGACAAUCUUUUCGAGCUGCACAUCCACCAGGCCUUCCUGACCCCUGCUGCCCUUGCACAGGCUGGAGAUACCCAACCUACCACUUUCUGCACUUACCCCUUCUAUGAUUUUGAAACUCACUGCACCCCACUCUGUACUGGGCCACAGCCCCUCUAUGACUUCACCUCCCAGUAUGUAGUGCAGACAGACUACCUCUUCCUGGACUACCUUCAAGGAACUUCAGUCCGACUUGAUCUCCAUCAGGCCAUAGCUGGCGAGCACCGCAUCCUUGCUACGGGAUGGGUCUCAUUUGACAAGGUGCUAGAGACCGUGGAGAGAGUCCAUGGCUUGGCCACACUUAUGGGAGCUGGUGGAGAAGACUUGGGGGUGUUAGAGUAUUGGAUGAGGCUGUGCUUGCCCCUAAAAUCCAGCCUCCAGGCAUGCAAUAAGCGAAAGAAAGCCCAGGCCUACCUGUCAGUCAAUGUGCUUGGAGCUCAGAAGGCCCAGAAAAAUGAGUCCAGAUCUGAAACCUGGACACCUCGGAAUGAGCUGCGGAUUGAAAUCACCAGGUGUUGCAGCCUCCGGAGUCGAUGGCUGGGAAGGCAGCCCAGUUCAUAUGUCAUGUACCGCUUCUUCACCUUUCCUGACCAUGACACCGCCAUCAUUCCAGCCAGCAGCAAUCCAUACUUUAAAGACCAGGCUCUGUUCCCCGUGCUUGUGACCUCUGACCUGGAUGAGUAUCUGAGGCUGGAAGCUCUGUCUAUAUAUGUUUUCGAUGAUGAAGACCCAGAGCCUGGCUCCUAUCUUGGCCGAGCCCAGGUGCCCCUGCUGCCUCUUGCACAAAACAAAUCUAUCAAAGGUGAUUUCAGUCUCACAGACUCUGGGGAGAAGUCCAAUGGAUCCAUCAAAGUGCAACUAGACUGGAAGUCUCACUACCUGCCCCCAGAGAGCUUCCAGAUGCCAGAAGCUGAGAAGCAGGAGGAGGAAGAGAAGGAGGAGGAAGAGAAGGAGGAAGUGAAGGAGGAGGAAGAGGAUGAUGAGGAGGAAGAGGUGGAGGAGAAGGAAGAGAAGGAAGAGGAGAAGGAGGAAGAGGAGGGAGAGAAAGAGGAAGAGAAGGAAGAGAAUGAGGAAAAGGAGGAAGAGAAGGAGGAAGAGAAGGAAGAAGAGAAGGAGAACAAAGAUGGCUUGGAGGCCUCAUUCACGGAAGAAUGGGCCCCCUUUUUUCCCCAGGACCAGAUAGCAUCUACAGAGAUUCCCAUAGAGGCUGGCCAGUAUCAGGAGAAGAGAAAAUCUCCUGUAAUAGCAGAAAAGAAGGAAAGAGAGCAUCAGGUCGCAAGCUACUCACGAAGAAAACACAGCAAAAAAACAGGUGUCCAAGGCAAGAACAGAAUGGAAUAUCUGAGCUGUAACAUCUUGAAUGGAAACACACAGCAGAUGCGUUAUACUGAGUGGAAGUUCUCUGGGCUCAAGAUGUCCAAGGAUGAUGGUUUAAAAGUUCAGGACAAGAAAGAGAAACCACCAUCACCCCAUCCAGCACUGAGACAGGAGCUUCCCUCACAUCUUAUAAAUGCCUCCUCCCUAGCAGACCAAGAAUCCUGUGAAGAAGCUUCUGAAGUCAGUGAAGCACAAACUACCGACAGCGAUGACAUCAUAGUGACGCCUCAGUCUCAGACGUGUCCUAAAGCUGAUUCAGAGAAGAUGUGCAUUGAAAUAGUCUCCCUGGCCUUCUGCCCUGAGGCUGCUGUCAUGUCGGAUGAGAGUAUCCAGCAGGUCUAUGUGGAGUACAAAUUCUGUGAUCUGCCUCUGUCGGAGACAGAGACUCCGAUGUCCCUGAGGAAACCAAGGGCAGGCGAAGAAAUCCACUUCCACUUUAGCAAGGUGAUAGAUCUGGACCCAGUGGAGCAACAAAGCCGAAGGCAGUUUUUGUUUGCCAUGCUACAUGCCCAAGAUUGUGAUGAGGGUCGUUUAAAGUUUACAGUGGUAAGUGAUCCUCUGGAUGGAGAAAAAAAAGAAUGUCAAGAUAUAGGCUAUGCAUACCUUGAACUGUGGCAGAUAUUUCAAUCUGGAAAAGAUAUCCUAGAGCAAGAACUCAAGAUUGUGAGCCCUGGAAACCAGGCCAUCCAAAUUGGAAUACUGAAGGUUUCCCUCCAAGCAGCUGCUGCCCUCCAUGGCAUUUAUAAGGAGAUGACUGAAGAUCAUGUUUUCAUGAAAGAACAAGUUCUACUCCACUCUUCGAUUUGAGGGAAAUACAGUCAAAGUGUCUUAUAAAAUAACAUGCUAUGCCAUAAAUCUAGUCUCCUGUGCUAUAUCUUGCUAUCUGUUUCUCAAACUAAUGACAAGGCUUACAAUUACAACCGUCAGUGAACUUCUAUGGUACUAGUUGGAGACAAAGGCAUUUUCUUCUAACACUUUAACACUUUAGUAGGCAAGACUUGACUUCAGAAACUGCAAAGAAAUGGUCAUAAAAGACAAGUUUACAAAAAAAACAAAACAAAACAAAAAAAUCCCAGUUUAUUUAUCUUUUAGUUCUUCCAAAAUUCAAAAUAUCAAGUCCUACUGCUAAGGAGAGAAAACAAACAAACAUAAAAUCUGAGAAGCCCCUUCUCAUAAAGUCACAGAACAGAGGCGGCGAAGUGGGACAGGUGGAUGCAGAGAACCUGCAGGGGAGGAUGGCGAGAUAGAGCCCCAGUAUUUCAAAGCUGGUCAUCAGAAGCAACCAACACAGGACACUGCAGACAGUAAAGGAAGGAGCAGCAGAGCCCAGCCUUGUGUGUGUGGCCUUCUUCCCUCUUCUCUUCUUGUCAAGAUAUUCUAGGCCAAGACAUGACCUCUCUUUGAGAUGCUUGUUGACUCCUUUCAGCCUCCCUCUAGUUUUCAGCCGCAGUAGACAAAGCAUGGCCAUUCUUCUUAGAUGUAACAGGAGAGACAGUGGUAAUCUGUGUUCGAGCACUGGACCACAUAUGGACUUGUAAGGAGGAAAAAAGCCACGAGUGCCAGUAUUUGUCUUCCAGUGCAGCAAAAACACCCCAGAAUGUGCAUGAGGGAAGAAACCAAAAACUUAAAACCAGACACCAGCCCACUCUGCCUUUAGCUCAGCUGUGUCUAUCACAAUCAUCAGCAAAGCCUAAGAACCUGUGAACUUCAGUCUGGAACUGAUAAAGGGAUGGAUGGAGGACUGACGCUGGGCCAGAACCAUGCUUUGGCUAAGUACGGUGACUCAGGCCUGUAGCCCCAGCACUUGGGAGGCAGAGCAAGAGGAUCACACAUUUGAGGCUAGCCUGGUUUACAGCGACUUCAAGGUCAGCCAUGGCUGCAUAGCAAGACUGUCUCAAAAAGCCAGGAAAAA